CAAUGGAAGCCUUGGGCGCAGGCAGGUUGCCUGUACGGUGGCAAAUGGGAUGGUCCGGAUCACGGUCAGGUCAGGCAGGCGCCGAGUGGCCGGCAAUGAUGCUGGGAAGUGGCCGGCGAUUCUGGCCGAGACGUUUCGCGGGCACUUGGUCGAUGCACAUGCGAACUCAGGGCGAUUUCGGACGAAAUGCGGUUGCUAUCGCCGGCGGGAGAUGCAUCGGCUUCAAUGCCAGCAUGAAGCAUAUAAAGACAGGCUGCGUCUCGCGGGCAAGGCUAUAGGGUCUCUCUGCAUCGCAGUCGCCAUCGUCCUCGUUGCCAUACUCGUAGAAUAAACGACUGCACCGCACCUGCCCCUUCAAGAUCUACCAAGUCACUAUAUUUUCCUCGCCGGGCAACAACAUUGGCGCCACGAGGCUUCCCGAGCGUUAACUUGCGUCGUCCACCCGUCCCCAACUGCGCCCCAGCAGGCUCACCACCUACCUCCCCGCCCGCCACCUCACUCUCUGCACGGCAGCCGACCCCACGGCGCAGAGAACCACCUUUUGUCCCGCGGCGCGGCACCAGCAUCGACGGCACACACAUCACACGCCCCCAUUUGUCCCGACUGCGGUGCAGGUAAAAGGGAAAAGGUUUCCACUGGCACCCCGCACCCGGGGCUGAAGCCGCUCGACGACGCCAACACCCCGCCAACGACGUAAAAGGAACCAGGCUGAGUGGCAGGCUCGUUCCGGUAUAAAUUCGUGAGCCGUGCUUCGUUUUCGACCCAGACACUGAAACCCCACACCCCUCCACCAAGCCUCGGACCCCCCCCCCCCCUCCUCUCUAUCCCCAGCAGCUCCACAGGCAGAGACGAGCAGCAGCAGCCUUCGGCCAUCGUCAUCCUCACCACUUGGACGCUCGUGUCAAGAGCCCUUUGCGCGCUCAUCUCCCAGACCUGUCGACGCCGCGCAGAGACAGCACACAGCGACUCGCGUCGCAUAUACCGAUACGGUGCACUGCAGAUUGCCAGCAGAAAGCCUCGCACGCCCCCCUUUUUCCACUGACCGUGUCGGCACAGGCGGACCAGAGAGAGCACACGAGCCUGCUCGUCCAACGCCACGAGCCUCAAAUCACACCCUCUCCCGCAACUCCCCUUGCCUGCUGGUUCACAACCUCGGGUCCUCUUUUUUUUUCUACUACUCCCAACUCACACCCCCCUCCCCCCGGCUACCCACGCUGUUACCCACGGCCCCGUUGGCCCCUCCCCCUGCCCCGUGUCAAGCCCGUCAGUGCAACUGGCAAAGCCGAGAUCGAGCCUCUGUUCCGGCUCCCAGAGUUUAAAUACAUAACCAUGAGGGAUCCCAUUGUCAGGACCGCUUCUCCCUACACCGACCCCAACGUUCAAAGCCCACAGUCCAGACUCAAGGCUCGCGGUGGUGAUUUGCGCAAGAUGAUUUCCAGCAACGUCAACAAAACCUCCCUCCACCCCGGUGGUGUUCAGCCACACGGGAACCACACCGAGCUUGAGGAGGAGCUCCACGAAACGGCGCACAUCGACUACGAUCGCGUCGCCAUUAUCCACAACCCGUCCGUCGCCGCCCUCUACGAAGAUGCCCUCGUUUACGAGACCGGCACGGCCAUCACUUCGAGCGGUGCCUUGACGGCCUACUCGGGCAAGAAGACUGGCCGAUCUCCUCUCGACAAGCGAAUUGUCAAGGAGCCGACGUCUGAAGACAACGUCUGGUGGGGACCCGUGAACAAGCCCAUGUCUCCCGAGGUGUGGAAGAUCAACCGCGAGCGUGCCGUCGACUAUCUCAACACCCGCAACCGCAUCUACGUCGUGGACGGCUAUGCCGGCUGGGACGAGAAGUACCGCAUCCGAGUUCGCGUCAUCUGCGCCCGCGCCUACCAUGCCCUCUUCAUGAGGAACAUGCUCAUUCGCCCUCCCCGUGAGGAGCUGGAGCAUUUCCACCCCGACUACACAAUCUACAAUGCCGGCUCGUUCCCUGCCAAUCGCUACACCGAGGGCAUGACCUCGGUCACCUCGGUGGCUAUCAACUUCUCCCAAAAGGAGAUGGUCAUCCUGGGUACCGAAUACGCCGGCGAGAUGAAGAAGGGCGUCUUCACCGUCCUCUUCUACGAGAUGCCUAUCAAGCACAACGUCCUGACGCUGCACUCGUCCGCCAACGAGGGCAAGUCUGGCGACGUCACCCUCUUCUUCGGCCUGUCUGGCACCGGCAAGACUACCUUGUCCGCGGACCCCAACCGUGCCCUCAUUGGUGACGAUGAGCACUGCUGGAGUGACCGCGGCGUCUUCAACAUUGAGGGCGGCUGCUACGCCAAGUGCAUUGGCCUUUCCGCCGAGAAGGAGCCUGAUAUCUAUGGCGCCAUUCGCUACGGCUCCGUCCUGGAGAACGUCGUCUUCGACCCCGACACCCGCGAGGUCGACUACGACGACUCCACCCUCACCGAGAACACUCGCUGCGCCUACCCCAUUGAAUACAUCAGCAACGCCAAGAUCCCCUGCCUGUCCGACAACAUGCCGACCAACAUCAUCCUGCUGACCUGCGAUGCCCGCGGCGUCCUGCCCCCGAUCUCCAAGCUCGACCGUGCCCAGACCAUGUUCCACUUCAUCUCGGGCUACACCUCCAAGAUGGCCGGCACUGAGGACGGCGUCACCGAGCCCCAGGCUACCUUCUCCUCGUGCUUCGCCCAGCCCUUCCUGGCACUGCACCCCAUGAAGUACGCCAAGAUGCUUGCGGACAAGAUUGAGCAGCACAAGGCCAACGCCUGGCUGCUGAACACCGGCUGGGUCGGCGCCGGUUUCGCUCAGGGCGGUAAGCGCUGCCCGCUGAAGUACACUCGCGCCAUCCUCGACGCCAUCCACAGCGGCGAGCUCGCCAACGUCCAGUACGAAAACUACGACGUCUUCAACCUCCAGGUUCCCACCACGUGCCCCAACGUCCCUGACGAGCUUCUGAACCCCAAGAAGGCUUGGACCGCCGGUACCGAAAGCUUCCAGGCUGAGGUCGUCAAGCUGGGCAAGCUCUUCCGCGAGAACUUCACCAAGUACGAGUCCGAAGCCACCGAGGAUGUUGUCAAGGCUGGUCCCGCUGUUUAAGAAGUCUGUUCAUGAGAGCACUCUAGCGUCUUUUUUUUGGGGGGCAUCUUUUAUGCAGUAGACUUACCGCCGCCGCAAACCCGCGCAUUUUAUCCACCCCUUCCCCGAGGCGCACCUUUUUACCUACCUCAGGCCCAUCACUGGGCUCUGCUGUCUCCAAACCCAACGAGUUAUUGCUCGACCGGGUUUUCUCUGUUUCCUCCCUGGGUGGGCGUCAUGAAUUCCUUUUUCCUUUUCUUUUUCUCUUAUGGUUUAACGGGUCUGGAUGAAAACAAAGCCAUCGCCGUAAGGCACACUCAUGCAUGGAUGGAUUAAGAGGCGAGUUGUGAGAACGAGAGAGAAGGGGGAAGGCAUCAAGACAUGGGGGGAAGGUGUUUGGCUGGGAGGUGAACAAAGAUUGUAAUGAGGCAGACGAAUUGAUGCUAAAUUGCCUUAAAAACAUGAUGUUGAUCCCUACGGUGGUUGCAUUCUUGACGCGUUGUAGCUGCUGCAGCUGCACGCACCGGCAUUCCCUCCAGCAGACGGGGAAGUGGUCA